AUGGACAGCAAGUCCCAAGCAACCACAAACCUUAAAGACACCGUGCGUCUUGAGGAGGAUAAUAAGAAAGAAAAUAAAGCAAUGAAACAUGAAGCAGGCUGUGCUAAACAAACCCGUAAGUGUCCAUUUGAGGCCUAUUUAGUAAAGUGCACACAAUUAGAGAAGGAAAACCUAGAGGUUAAAAAGAAGCUUAAAAAGAUGGAGAAAUAUUCCAGAGAAUGCAAAACAGAGCUGCAGAGAUCUGUGGAGAGGUUUAAAGCAGUUAAAUACAUCAACAAAGACCUGGACACAAGGAACAAACAACUUCUCAUUAAAAACCAGCAAAUGAGGCAAAGAAUUACAGAGGUCUUAAAGCAGAACAGACUUCAGUCUGAAGAUCUGGAGACAGUCUCAUGCUGUAAACACCAGGAGAAGCAGCAGCUAAGAGAAACAGUCGUUGUUCUCCAAGAGAAGGUAAAGAACUUAACGGAACCAGUCAGGAAAUCUCAAAGAAUGAAACGGGAUUCAGAAAUAGUCGAAGAGAGGAAGAUAACGCAGCUACAACAGGAAAACCAGACUCUAAGAGAGAGACUGCACCACAGCAGUCAGGUCAUAAAAGAUGCUGAAAGUAGAGCAGAGAGAGCUCAGGAGCAGCUGGAUGAACUAGCAUGUUGCCUGCUCACUGUAGAGGCUGAGAGGAAUCUACUGCGUCAGGAAGUAAAGAGGCUCUAUCAGGAAUAUAUCAGCCUUACUAACAGCAUCUCAUUGCAGCUGAAAGGAAACAACAAAGGUGCUGAACCUUGCUUUACAGUCCACCACAGCAAAGUCCACCGGCUCAGCAUCCUAUAAGAGGCGACACAACAUAGCAGAUAAAGGUUACAUUUGAAGACGUACAACCAAGGAGAAAGAGAAAAUACAAAGACCUGGGAAAAAUAUCAGGGAAUGUUACUGAGACAGAUAUUAU